AUGAGCCCAAUGUCUGCUUACAUUGCUGUUUAUAAAUGCAUUCUUUAUCAAGCUGGUAUUGGAAUCUCAGCCAACAUCUUCCUCUUCCUCUCUCAUAUCCUCUCAAUCCUGCUGGAUCACCGGCCUAAGCCCACUGACCUGACCACCUGUCAUCUGGCCUUAGCCCACAUUGCUUUGCUUACUACUAUGCUGUUUUUGCACUCUCCAGACCUAUUUGAGUCAUUGAAUGUAGGGAAUGACUUCAAGUGUAAGGCUUUGUUCUACGUAAACAGAGUGAUGAAGGGCCUCUCCGUCUGCACCACCUGCCUCAUGAGCAUCAUCCAGGCCAUCACCAUCAGUCCUACCAGCUCCUGGUUGGCACAGUUUAAAUACAAAUGCACACAUUUCAUCUUCUACUUAUUUUUCUUCAUAUGGUUAGUCUGUUUGUCUUUCAGCACUACCACAAUCUUCCACACUGUGGCAUCUUCCAAUGUGACUCAGACCAAUCUGAUGGCUAUCACUAAAUACUGCUCAUUUUCCCCCAUAAUGCCUGGCAUCAUGGGAUUGAUGUUCACCCUGACAACAUCCAGGGACGUCUUCCUUGUGGGAGUCAUGCUGCUCUCAAGUGUAUACAUGGUGAUCCUCUUACUUAGGCAUCAGAGGAGGUCCCAGCACCUUCACAGCACCAGCCUCUCCCCAAGAUCCUCCCCAGAGAAAAGGGCCACCCAGACCAUCCUGCUGCUGGUGAGUUUCUUUGUGGUCAUGUACUGGGUGGACUUCAUCAUCUCAUCCUCCUCCCUGAUACUGUGGACAUAUGACUCAGUUAUCAUGGGUGUCCAGUAUGUUGUGGUCAAUGUCUAUGCCACUGUCAGUCCAUUGGUGCUUAUCGGUUCUGAUAAGAGGAUACUCAAUGUUUUCCAUAAUGUAUCAUGGAAAAGGUUUCAGUUUUAA